GUGCUGUUCUCGAAUGAAAGAAAGAAUUAAGAAAAAAAGGAAGAGAAAAGGCUAUACAUUCUACUAGCUUCGACUAACUGGAAGCUUCCUCAGAUAUCAUCGUUCUAGCAUAUUUGGACAUCGACCCACAUCUUUUCCCUUUUAAAUCGUAUUUUCUUUUAUCCCACUCGACAUAGUUACUUUGAAUCAAAAGAAAAAAAAAACCCAUAGAUCAACAAACCAAAAUUUAAUUUUAAACCACUCCUACCUCCCUCCAUGAGACCAAGCACACGUACUUGCUUUUUAAAUUAUCACCACUCUUUACGUACAUGCUCCUCUCGUCAUGUUUAAAUUCUUAAUUUGUACCUUCUAUGGAAUGGAACAAAACCAUUAAGAAACUAGGAAUUAAAGAUAUCGACCAAAAGUACAGACGAAACUGAAUUUGGCCGACCUUGUCUUUUAAUUGUAGAGAAAAAAAAGUACCAUAACCUUUCUCAAAGUAUUGACUUGUCGAGCUGUUGUCAUCCUAUGUGUUCUUGGCUCAACCGUUUUAAUAUAUUAUAUACACUUUAAAAUAAGAUAUUUCUAUAUUUCCUUUCUUCGGAGAAGAGAGAAGGGUUGUUUAUAUUGCCACUGAGAGCUUUCUUUCGUACCUAAUUUUGUGGUUUGGAUGUUGCAGUGUCACUGACAACAUGGGGGCAGUAUACAGACCAUGUGAAAUCACCAUGGAAAACAAAGAAUUAGAAGAAAGAAAGAAAAUUGAAGAGAUUGGCAAGAUGACUGCCUUAUCUCAGGAGGAUAUUAUCUCCAACACCAGGACAGUUAUUCAGGGAUUAGAAACUCUGAAAAAUGAACAUAAUCAAAUACUCUAUAGUCUCCUAAAUUCUAUGAAGACCAUCAAGAAGGAGAAUGGGGACACAAACUUAGUGGAAGAGAAAACAAAUAUUCUCAAGAAAUCUGUAGAUUCUAUUGAACUGGGGCUUGGAGAAGCUCAGGUGAUGAUGUCUCUUGCCAAUCACCUGCAGACAACUGAAGCUGAAAAGCAGAAACUCCGAGCCCAGGUUCGACGGCUGUGCCAAGAAAAUGCUUGGCUUAGAGAUGAAUUAGCAAAUGCACAGCAGAAACUGCUUUUGAGUGAACAAAAGGUAGCAACAAUAGAAGAAGAAAAGAAGCACCUAGAAUUUAUGAAUGAAAUGAAGAAAUACGACACUAAUGAAGCCCAGGUAAAUGAGGAAAAAGAGAAUGAACAGUCAUCCCUCGAUUUAGGUUUUCCUGAUGAUGAUGAUGAUAGUGGUCAACCAGAAGUACUUUCUCCAACUCAGCCCAAUGCCAUGGCUCAAGCAGCUAGUGGUGGCUAUGAAAUUCCAGCUCGGCUUCGUACGCUACACAACCUUGUCAUACAAUAUGCUUCUCAAGGCCGUUAUGAAGUUGCAGUGCCUCUUUGCAAGCAAGCUCUUGAAGAUCUUGAGAAAAAUAGUGGUCAUGAUCACCCUGAUGUUGCCACUAUGUUGAAUAUUUUGGCUCUCGUUUACAGAGACCAAGGAAAAUAUAAGGAAGCCGCUAAUCUACUGAAUGAUGCUUUAGGCAUAAGAGAGAAAACUUUGGGACCUGAUCACCCAGCUGUGGCUGCCACUUUAAAUAAUUUGGCUGUUUUAUAUGGUAAAAGGGGUAAGUACAAGGAUGCUGAACCUCUGUGCAAGAGAGCCUUGGAAAUAAGGGAGAAGGUUCUUGGUAAAGACCAUGCAGAUGUUGCUAAACAGUUGAACAAUCUGGCUCUCCUUUGUCAAAACCAGGGAAAACAUGAAGAGGUUGAGCGUUAUUACCAGCGUGCAUUAGAAAUAUACCAAAAGGAAUUGGGACCAGAUGAUCCAAAUGUAGCAAAGACUAAAAAUAAUUUGGCAUCAGCAUACUUAAAACAAGGAAAAUAUAAACAAGCUGAAGUACUUUAUAAAGAAGUUCUUACCAGAGCACAUGAGAGAGAAUUUGGAAAAGUGGAUGAUGAUAAUAAACCAAUUUGGAUGCAGGCUGAAGAAAGAGAGGAAAACAAGGCAAAUAAUAAGGAUGUAUCUCAACAACCAGACUUUAGUAGUUGGCUCCAAACUCAAAAUGCAGAAAGUCCAACUGUGACUACUACUCUGAAGAACUUAGGAGCACUCUAUCGUAAACAAGGAAAAUAUGAAGCAGCUGAGACUUUAGAAGAGUGUGCUCUACAGUCAAAGAAAAGUGGUCUGGAUGGAGUCAGGCAGCCCAAAAUAAGUGAAGUUCUAUGCAGUGACUAUUCUAAGGGCCAGUCCCCAAAAGACAAGAAACGUUCUCAAAGCAGAGAUCGUAAUCGUCGAAACUCAACGGAUAGUGUCUCAUAUGAGAGAAGUGGUGAUGGUGAUGAAGUGAGUAUCACUAUGCAUUGGUCAGGGGAUGGGAGUGGGAAACUUAAGCGCAGUGGCUCAUUUUCCAAACUGAGAGCUUCCAUAAGGCGUAGCAGUGCUAAACUGGUCCAGAAACUGAAAGGCAGAGGAUUUGGAGAUUCUGACACACCUGGCAGCAAUUUGGACUCUCUUCUUGUCCCUUACACUCCAAGUAUGAAAAGAGCAAGCUCCUUGUCAGUACUCCCCACAAGCAGUAAAGAUAAAUUAAGUGAAAAUCGUCGAUCUAUAGGCGACCUUAGUAUCCGAAGCAGAACUGCAAGUUCAGACCAAUUGUCAAAUCGGCCUUUUUGAUGUCAGUUUGUCUUGUACAGCCAGCCUAUGUGUAUAGCAUGCCACCCCACCCAGCUUACUUCUUUUAUAUGCUACAUCAUAUAGCUAAUGUUUACUCCUAUUCCACUACUACUACCACAACCACCACCACCACCACAAUCCCUUCUCUUACUGCUCAGUUGGACAUCUCUUCACCCAGCUCAUGUCAGAUCAUGUCAUCUAUACAAUAUGGGUGACUCUAUUUCUUUCUCUUCUUUUUCCUACUUUUUCUUUUCAUCUGUUUUCUUAUAUAUUUCUUCUUCAUUCCUUUUAAUUUCAAUAUCAUUUUUUUUUCUUUAUCUAUGUUCCAAUAAGUUUGACUAACAUAGAGAAAAAGAAAAAGAACAAUGCUGCCGAGAACCAACAGGUUUGAUCUCGGUUCCAUAACAGUCUUCAAAGUUAUGGCUUCAUCUCUCCCUUUGUGCUGUCAUAUUUCACUAAAGAAAAAAAAUAAGAAAGCAGUUAGCUUUAUUAUUAUUAUUAAUUUCUCCCUACCCCACAAUAUUUAAAAACUCUGAAAUUCUGAGUGUAUGAUGCUUAAGAGAUUCACAUUCAUGUUUUUGUAAAUGGUUGCACUUGAAGAAGAAGAAACAAAAUAGUCAAUUGUGAUUGUGUAAAAAGAAGACAUAGUUGACCACAUAAGACAGUCUGUCAAUUCCAUGUACAAUCACAUCUAUCAUGAACAACUGCAGCACUCAAGUUUACUUAUUACAUUGCCAAUAUUUUUUAUCUGCACACACACACACACACACACACACACACACACAGAUAAUAUUCAGAUUUCUAGAUAAAUAAAAUUGAACUAAAUUGAAUUUGUUUUUCAUCAUGUUAACGUCCACUUUUCCAUGCUAGCUUGGGUCAGAUGGAACUCGUUGAGGCAGAUUUCCUACAGCUGGAUGCCCUUCUUAUCAUCAACCCUCACCUGUUUCCAAGUAAAGCAUUAUUUUCCCAUGAUCAUGUUUUUCACAGAAUAUUGGAAGCGAAGGACACCUCUUGCAUGACGAUGACACUCAUUUACAACUAUCAUGUAAUGUCAAGACAUGGACAAACACACAUACACACACACACACACACACAUAUAUGGCGGGCUUCUUUCAGUUUCCAUCUCCCAAAUCCACUCGGAAGGCUUUGGUCAGCCCAAGUCUAAUAGAAGACACUUGCCCAUGCAGUGGGGUUGGAUCUUGAACCAUGUGGUUGGGAAACAAACUUAUCACAGCCAUAUAAGUAUGCAAUUUAUUUCUGACAGUAAACUGCUACCAUGAUGCAGUUAUAUCAUAUAAUAAUUAAAAAAAAUUUUUUUUAAUAAAUGAAACCAUUUAGACUCUUUAUGCUAUGAGCUUUAUACUUCAAUUAAAGCUCUUCAACUUCUCUCUUUAUAAUGUUAGUUUUAUAGUUCAAUUAACUACAGUUCAUCUUAUAGCAAAUGUUCUGUGUUUGUCAUUGUAGAGAAAUAUAUAUAUAUAUAUAUAUAUAUAUAUAUAUAUAUAUAUAUAUAUAUGUAUAUAUAUAUAUUUGACUUACUGGAGUGGUUGGCUGUUUGUUUCUUUGUUUGUUGUGUUGUUUUGGUAAGGGCACUGCAAACUAAAAAAGCUCGUUUCUUAUUUGCAAGAAACAAUCUGUUCCCUUCUAAAUUUCCUUAAAACAUUGAGGUGCUGCACUCCAGUAAUCUAAGAUGAAUGCAUUUUGCAUGUGAAUAGUUUACACUGUAUUCCUAAAGUUUAUUUCACUGCUGGUAUUUGUACAUAUCAAUUUGGUGUUAAAAUGGCCAGCAGGGAAUUAAGUAAAAUGGUCGUAUCCAUAGAUGUCAGCUGAGUAACACAGACUACUCAGUAGGUUUCCCUAUUUUGUGAAUUGAGGGGGAAAAUAGUCCACAAAAUGAGUGAUAUGUUUGGUGUAUUUCUCCCACAUUUUGCACAAAAGAGGUCUCCUUGAGUAGUUUGUUUGCAUUCAUUUUCUUUUUUUUCUUUUCCUUUACUAAACUAAGAGUUACUAACACUGAAGAUCCCGAAAAUACAUAAAAGAUAAUCUGUUGAGACUGUAAAUGGAGAUACAAUGUGAUGACACGAAAUAAAAUGCAAUGAAUCUUUUCUUUAUGAGGAAACAAUGCUCACCACCAGUGAAAAAUAAGGAAAUUGUUCUUGUUUCGAGACCCUCUCCCCGCCCCCACCUUUCGUGAUUGUGUUAUUUGGAGUAGGAUUAAAUGAGGGGUGAAUUCAGACACAAAGCUCUUUAAGUUGAGUACCCUAAACCUGAUCAGUCUUCUGAAUGUGCAACCAUUUUUAUUAUAUUAUUUGUUUCUAAUUUAUUGCAAACAUCAAAAUUUCCAUCCAUUGUUAUAUGGCUUUUCUUGUGAUUUACCUGUAGAUUUGUGCCGUGUCAGGUGCUGCCCCGUCUGUAAAGUGUACAGCCUUAAUUACUAGAGCACAGCGACCUUUCAACAUGUUUGGUAACUCAUGUACUCACUGUGUAUAAAUUAUAGUUAUAAAAUGUAAAUAACUUAGAGAAAGAUUUUAAAAAAUGAAAUUAAUAACAAUUUUAACAUUUUUGUCUCUUCCCUAUAUAAAUUCCAUAAAAAGUUAUGGUAAUCCCCCAGUCCUUGCCCCUUUCCCCCACUCCAAAUGAAAAAACAAAAAAAAAAAAUACGGCAUUUCUAAAUUAAAGAAUAAGCAAGAGCUAAUCUCUCAUUCUUGAGAACUCUUAAGAACCUUGUAAAUGACACUUUAACAAAGUUAAAUAAUAUCUCUGAAAUAAAAACUAAAUAUAUAACUAUUAUGUAACAACAAUGCCAUGUAUUUUGUCAUUGUAGCAAAUAACUUUUUGCUAUAUAAGGUUUUUUUUUUUUUUUUCCUAUCGCUAUUCCAUUACACACGCACACAUAACAUAUACAACAUACAUACACAGUAUUUCCUGGUGAUGUAUAACUGGAUAUCAAUAGUUUAAGAGACUUGAGUUAACAGCAGAGCAUAGAGGCAAGGAAGAAAUACAGCCAUUGGUCAGAUCUAUGAAGUACUUGUGUUUCGUUCAUAUUUAUUACAAGGUGAGAGUGAUAGUCAGUGUUAGAGGUGGUCGUUUAGGGGCUUUCUCUUCACUUUGAGCUUUCAUUUUAUUUAUUUGCCAUGUUUACAAUGUUUUGGGAUUUUUUAUGUAUUUAUCUUUCUUCCCCCACCCCCACCCCAACUAAUCAGCGCUCAAUAUCAGGCACCCAUUUACUCAUGGAUAUAGACAAAUGGAGAGAAGGGACACACACAUACACAUAACAUGCUUUUGUUUUUUUAAUGCAUCUAUUUUUUUUUUUUUUUUUCUAAAAGAUAAAAGAAACAAAUAAAAUAAUAAUAAAUUUGGGAGUGUCUAAAGUAAUUGGUUUACUGAAUCUUUCCGCAAAUGCUAUAAAACUCUCCUGGCACUGUUAGCAUUAAUAGAGUAACCUUCAGUCAAUGUGAAUGAAUUACUGAGAAUAUAGUUUGUCCUUUAUUAUUAUUAUUAUUUGCUCCAUAUCUUUUACUGCAACUCAGAAAUAUUGUUUGGAUCAUUCUUGCUAUUAAUAUUUAAGUUGUGCAUUUUUGUCUUCCGUGCUGUGCAAUUCAGAGAUCUUUUUUUAUGAUCUCGUGACCGGUUAAAGUGGUUUUUUUCUUUCUUGCUACCUCAUUCAAGCUUUAUGAUGAGUUGAUUACAUUGUGAUUCUGCAAACACUUUAGAAAGUUCAGUUUGAGCAGGAUGUUAUGAUAACUUCUUUCUUUCUUUCUUUCUUCUGUCCUGAUUCUCCCAGCUAGUUAUUUAAUUGAAUUAUGUUUGAGAAAAUCAUUAAAAUAUUUUUUUUUUCCUCAUUUAGGUCAUGCAGAAAAUAUUUUUAGUUUAAAUUUCAGAGUAUUUUAAGCUGCAAAGUGGUUCUCCCCUUAGAUGCAUAAAUUAGUGUUAAGAUAUUUACUAAUAGCAGUAUAUGCUUGUACUAAUUACCAUCAAAUGGUAUUUAUUGGGUGGAUGAUCAGACUGAAUGAGCGUCUGAAUGAUGAUGGUAUGUGCUGGGUGGCUUAGCAUGGAAGUGGGGAGAGCUAAAUUUUCUGACUAUAAAUUAAAUAUAACAAAUGAAAAAAUAUGAAAAAAAAACUGAAAAAUAAUAAAUAAACUAAAAAAUCUAAUAGUCUGUCAUGAUGCUUGUUACGUUUUAGAUGAGAUUGAUUUUCUUUUCUGUAUAUAUGAUUAUAUCCAGCAAUUCUUAUGGGUACAUCGAUUGGAGUGUUGUGCAUUCAGUGCUGCUCUGGUUUACAUCUAUAUGUUUGUCUAUCUAUAUAUGUAUUUAUAUAUAUAGAUAUAUAGAUAUAUAUAACAUACACACACAAAAAACACACACACACAUUUGACUGACUACAUUUGCUCUGUUGUUGGCUUAUUCUCCUCAAAAAUGCUCUCAUAACUAGACUGACAGUAUUUAUAAGGGUUUUUUAGCAACAUUUUUUUUUAAACUCAAUCUGUAACAAAUAGAUGAUAGAUUUUUCAAUCUAAAUCUUUUAUUUUGCACAUCCCUAUCUCCCUCAUCCCAACUUGUCUUUAUAUUUAUUAUUACAAUUACAAUUAUUACUAUUACUACUCUUAUGUUAUUUUUUUUUUUCCUUAAAAAUCUUUUUCUUGAUAAUUCAUGUUCUCUACACCACCCAGUGGUGGUUCAGUUUUAUCCAAGGUCAGUCAUGCCUUCUGUCGGAUGUAAUUAUUGGAUCUUUCCAGUGAUUGCUACAUCAUACAGUCACUGAAUAAAUAAAGUAAAGCUUAGUUCA